GAACGGCUUUCCCUGUGGAUUAAAUCCCCAGAGCCAGCCCAACCACACACACGCACACUUGCAGCCGCAGCCAGGACACAGGCUCUCCGAAGGGAGGGGGAAAGGAGCCUGUAGGCGCCGCCAAGAUCAGUCCCGGGAAACCACAGCAGCAACAUGGCGUUACUAAAGCGGAGCCAGAGAGCAACUGGAGGGAGCCCGGCGGGUUGUUGAACUCAGCCGAGGGAAACGCUGGCAUUCGGCCUCUCUCCGCCCACCCGGUCCCACCUGCCUCUGCCUAGUUGAGCCGGGGCCAGUUUUGUCAGUCUCUGGGGCAACUCCGGCCUCUCGUCUCCUAGGUCGUCAAACUUUUCUCGCUCACCUAGAAAACGGACGCGAGUCGCUGGAAAAGGAACAGGCGACGGCAGCGCUGGAGUCUGUCCCCGGCAGCGUCUCUGGAGCGGAGACUAAGAUUGUAAACGCUUGGGAAGAAAGAAUCUCUUCUAAGUGGCAACGUCAUGCUUUCUGCAACUCCCCUGUAUGGCAAUGUUCAUAGCUGGAUGAGCAGUGAGAGGGUCCGUAUGUGUGGAAUUAAUGAAGACAGGAAAAUCCCUGUAAAUGAUGGAGAUGUCUUGAAAAGCAGGCUGGAAUUAAGGGAAGAAAAUCACCUGAACCACAGUGUGGAUACAACAGCUGUGCAUCACAUUGACAGCCUUGCAGCUCUGACUAUGGAUCGUUCUGGACUUAUGCGGGAAGGACUUAGAGUCCCCAGUAGUAUUGUCUAUUCCAAUUUAUGUGGACUUGGCUCAGACAAGACCCGGGAUGCUACAAGUGCUAUUGCUGGCCUUGGAUUUGGUCCUGAAAGGAACUCAGAGAUACAGUUCAAGUCUAAUCCCACUGAAGCAAUUGAAAAUGGAGCUGUAAAGAACCCAAAUGGCUUCAGUGCUCUUUACAAAACACCACCUGGAAUACAAAAGAGUUCUGUUUCAACUGGGGAGACCUUAGGCUUGGACAGAAGCUCAAGUGACAAACAAAAUCCUCUUAGCAUCAAUGGUGCUAGUUACCUAAGGCUACCCUGGGUAAAUCCUUAUAUGGAGGGUGCUAUUUAUCCUUUUCUUGACUCACCAAAUAAGUAUUCAUUGAAUAUGUAUAAGGCUUUACUACCUCAGCAGUCCAAUUUUAGUUUGCCACAGCAUGUGACUUAUUCGCCUGUAUGUACAAAUGGUGAACGUUUUUUAUACUUGCCACCUUCUCAUUAUGUUGCUCCCCACAUUCCAUCAUCAUUAACUUCACCGAUGAGGAUCUCGGCUACAUCAGCAUCACCUGCAAUUCCCCCUUUGGGACACUGUCCAGAUAAAGGCUUAUCUUGGAAGAUGGGAGUAAGUCCAGCAAAUCCCAUAGACUCUCAUACCUAUCCACAUAUUCAGAAUAGUAAACCACCCAGAGUUCCCUCUGGUAAGCCAGCUGCUAAUAAUAUGCCAGCUGAUCCUUCUAUUUUGCUGUCACAUUCACCCAGGCCUAGAAUGCAUCUCCCAACACAGGUUGGAGAUACUUACUCAGAGUUCCACAAACACUUUUCCAGAAUUUCAACCUCUCCUUCAAUUGCAGUCCCCAAGCCAUAUAUGAAUGUAAGCAGUGAAUUUUCUUCCAGAGUCUCAAAUGGGAAAGCUCCCAAAGCACAUGAUCUAAAUGAAAUUUCUCAGCAACCUGCAGUGCAUGCAAGGAAAACAGGCCAUGACCGGAAAGAUAGCAGAUCCCCUCCAUUAUUAGAAAAGCAGCAAACUAUUACCAAAGAUAUCAUUGACAAACCCCUGGAUUUGUCAUCAAAAGUUAUUGAUACAGAAAUAACCAAGUCUGAUCAUGUUAACAAAAUGGUACCAACUGUGUUAGUUCAUAGCAGGGCUGGAGGAGGAUUGGUUUUACCUGGAGGUGAUCUUCCAAAAGAAACUAUUUCUCCUGGAAAUGGUUGUCCUGUCUAUAGACCUGAGAUAAUUAGCACUGCACCUUCUUCCUGGGUGGUUCCUGGUCCAGCUCCUAAUGAAGAUAACAGUGGCAAAAACAUUCUGUUGAAAAACAACCCCCCCGGCUGGGUAACACCUCAACAACGAAGUUCUUCUUGCCCUAGGAUGGGAGGUACGGAAACAGUAAUUAAUAAUACUUCAGGCUCUUUAUCAACUGAAGGUCGCCCAGCAUCUGCUUCUCCAGCUCCAAAUGCUAAUGUAGAUUGUCCAAAAACUAACAUUUCUGUAGAAACCACUGCAUCUGUCAUACAGCAUAUAGGACAACCUUCAGUAUCAUUGUCAUCGUCAUUGUCAUCACCACCAUCAAAGCAUAGUAAUAAGGCAGCUAAAUGCAAUAAUCAAGAACCUAUGUUCAAAGCAAAUGAAAACACUCUUGCUCCAGGUUCCAUAUUUUUUUCUCCAAAUGAAGCAUUCCGAUCUCCACCAUUGCCCUAUCCAAGAAGCUAUCUCCCAUAUCCAAUUCCAGAUGGUUUAGCAUUAGGUCCUUUGUCUCUACAUGGAAAAGGACCUGUAUAUCCUCAUCCGGUUCUGUUACCUAGUGGCAGUCUUUUCCCUGGGCAUUUGGCUCCUAAACCUACUAUUCCAUACAGCUUACCAACUAGCAGUGGUGACUUUAUGACAUAUCAAGAUGCACUGGGUAUGGGAAUGGUGCAUCCAAUGUUGUUAUCCCAUGCAGCUCUUGAGCUAAAAGAUGAUAAAUUAGAAAGGAGAUCUAGAUCACAUGAGAGGCUCCGUUAUGAAGAUCCUGCUCUGAGAAACAGAUUGCCAGAGAUGCUAGAAACCAGCACAAAGUUACACUUUGAAGUACUCGCAGAGCGAAAUGUGAAAUCACACCAAAGUUCAAGUCAUAAUAAAAAUAGUACCAAAAGUGAUAAACUUGUGUUUGCAGAAUUGAGAGAUGAGCAAGAUGCAAAAGGUGAAACUGGUCUGACAAAUCUGAGUUUUCCUAUGGAAAAUGGUAAUCAAAUACAUGACCCUACAAAGCACAAGGUGGAACAAGUCUUUCAGCAUAGAGAUUUUAUUGUAAUGAGAGAAGAAUGUGGGAGAAAUAAUUUCCAUGAAGUAUACAACUUUAAGCAAGUUCAUAAUCCACACCCAUCAAUCUUCAACUUAAGGAAAGAUGAUCUCUCAGCAAGCCAUAAUAGAGAGAGAUCGACUAUUCCCCCUUCUUCUGUGUUUCUAGAGACUGCUCAUGGGAAUGAUGGCUUGGCUAUGUCUUUUUGUAAAAUGCCAGAUGAUGCCAAACAGCUUUGCAUGGGAAAUGCACAGUCAAAUGUUGAAAUCAAUCAGACAUAUGCCAAAGAUGGGACUGAGGGUAUGGAAUCUAAUGAUGGCAAACUCCUGAAACCUAAGCCAUCUAAGCUAGCAAAGAGAAUAGCAAACUCUGCUGGUUACGUAGGUGACCGAUUCAAGUGUGUUACAACUGAACUGUAUGCAGAUUCUAGUCAACUGAGUCGAGAACAACGGGCCUUACAGAUGGAAGGAUUACAAGAGGACAGUAUUUUAUGUCUACCUGCUGCUUACUGUGAGCGUGCAAUGAUGCGCUUCUCAGAGUUGGAGAUGAAAGAGAGAGAAGGCCAUGUAGCAACCAAAGACUCAGAGAUCUGCCAAUUCAACCAAGCAGAAUGGGAAAACUUGAAAGGAAAUGAUGAGAAAAAGCCCAACUCUGUCCCUUCAGAAGUUGUCAUUGCUGGGCCAAAUGACAAAAGCAGAUGCUAUUUUCAUGACACAGAAAAUAUCCAUGAUCAGAGUUCUGAAAUUCCUGAGGACAAAAGUUCUCCUACAGAUAUUUGUUUGGAGAGAUUUACUGUGUACGAAAAGACAAAUGUUCAAUCUUUAGAAGAUAUAAGCCAGGUUCCGUGCUACCAUCUGGACCGAAAGCGUAAACAUUCUGGUGAGAACAUGCAGAAUAAUGGAACCCCUAAAGAAAACUUUGUAGAAGAACCGGAAGAAGAAUUUGCAUCAAAAGGAAAAAAGAAGAAGACCUCUAAAGAUGACUGGCCUGAGAGGGAAAUGACAAACAAUUCCUCUAACCACUUAGAAGAGCCCAAUUGUAAUGAGGUGACCAACCUGAAGGUGUGCAUUGAAUUAACAGGGCUUCAUCCCAAAAAGCAGCGUCAUCUGCAGCAUCUUAGGGAACUAUGGGAGCAGCAGGUAUCACCAGAGAGAUCCCCACCCGGCAAGUUGGGCCGGCAAAGCAGGAAAGAUUUAGCUGAGGCUGUUCAGCCAGAGGCCACUGCAAAGGUCAAGGACUGCACAGAAGAAAGGCACACCAAGAAAAGGUCAGAGGUCAAAAGCAAUAGAAGUUGGUCUGAAGAGUCCCUCAAAACAAGUGACAAUGAACCAGGUAUCUCUGUGUUACCGGUGUCCUCACAUAUGAAGAAUCUCUCCACCAAUAUAAACAGCAAAAGGCAAACUCAGCCAAGCUAUACUUUGACUUCAAGGUUGGCUGCCAAGCAGCAGAAAAUUAAAGAAAACUGGAAGACAGAUGGGCUGUGCAUGGAUGAAGAAGAGGGUUUUCAGGCUGCAUCCCUGUUGCAGAAACACAGCGAGUGUGAGAAGCCGCCAGGGAAACGUCAGUGUAAAACAAAACAUUUGGCACUGCAGGAAAGGAGAACAAGGUCAUCCUUGACUGGAGAUGACAUAACAGAUAUUGAAAGCAUUGAGGAGAAGCCCUCACAGCUGCAGAUUGCAAGUACACCUCAGGAGAUUGCCCCAAGUCGUCCCAUGCCCCCAGAAGCUCGAAGACUUAUUGUCAAUAAGAAUGCUGGGGAAACACUUCUGCAAAGGGCAGCAAGACUGGGAUAUGAGGAAGUGGUUCUAUAUUGUUUGGAAAACAAAGUCUGUGAUGCAAAUCAUCGUGACAAUGCUGGUUAUUGUGCCCUACAUGAAGCCUGUGCCAGAGGUUGGCUGAGCAUUGUGCGACAUCUCCUAGAAUAUGGAGCAGACGUCAACUGCAGUGCGCAGGAUGGAACUAGGCCUAUCCAUGAUGCAGUGGAAAAUGAUCACCUAGAAAUUGUCCGAUUGCUCCUUUCUUAUGGCGCUGACCCUACGCUUGCUACAUACUCAGGUAGAACAAUUGUGAAAAUGACACACAGUGAACUAAUGGAGACUUUUCUAACAGAAUAUUUAACUGAUCUUCAAGGUCAUGAUGUUGAUGAGCCUGGCUUGUCCUGGGACUUCUAUGGCAGCUCUGUGUGUGAGCCAAAAGGUGAAUCAGGAUUUGAUAUUCUAUCUAAUCCACCUGGCCCAAAUGAUGAAGAUGAAGAUGGAUUUAGUGAUAUCUUUGAGUUUGAAUUCUCAGAUGUGCCUCUCUUGGUAUGUUAUAACAUCCAAGUGUCUCUUUCUCAAGGACCACGGAACUGGUUUUUGCUCUCUGAUGUAGCCAAGAGGCUGAAAAUGUCACCUAGGAUAUUUCGCUGCAGUUUCCCAAGUUUAGAAGUUAUCAGUGUUACAGAAGCAGAAUUUUUCAAACAGGUGUCUUUGAGUCAGCUGUUUGCUUGCCAAAAGGAUCUUGAAGCUUUCAACCCAGAAGGCAAGGAACUGUUGGACUUGGUAGAAUUUACUAAUGAAUUACAAUCUUUGCUUGGAGCCUCACUUGAAUGGUUGCACCCAGAUGAAGAAACUGAUAUUUAUUGGUGAAUCUCCCAGCUUCUUAAUGUACAGUUCUGUGUAAGAUAUUUCUUUAUGUAUAUGUGUUACUGCAGUUAUUUCUAUAAAGAAAAGGAUACUGUUAAAUAAAAGAACUUUCCUCUAAUAUACAUAUAUACACACAAACACACAAAUUUAUCAGAUGGGUGGAUUUUUGGAAGAUUUUUUUUAAAGAGACCACUUUGUUUUUACAAAUUAUAAAAUUGGUAAAAGGUGUAUGCACGUUCCUUUUAAGUGCAGACGAAUUUUGGUAUAGAAUUGUUUUUACAUGGAACUUUUAAAAAAUGGCUUUGCUUCAAACAAAUAGGCAUAAAGAUGCCAUAAAGGUGAUGUGAUCAAUAUUGGGAAAGUUUAUUGGGGAAGGCACUUCAUUAUAUUUUUGUUUUUGUUUACAAAAAAUCCUACUUUGACCAGGUACACACAAUUGAAUACAAUUCAGUAGACUGUAAUAUAAUUUAAAACCAUACACAUGCACAUCUACUAAUUGUGUGAACUUUUAUAUCUUAAUUUAAAGACGUGAAAUUUAGUUUUCACCUGGCAAACUGGAUUGUUUUUAUAUAUAUAUAUAUAAAUAUAUAUAUAUGUAUAGAUACACAAACACACACAUUUUAUAUGUGUGUGUUUAAACAUUUGAUCCUCUUUAUUUAAAAGAAAACUUUGAACUAUUUUUCUGUAAAAUACUGAAAACUAACCUAUGUUGAAGUUGUUUAAAACUGUACAGAAGCUAAAUCUUUUUCUGAAUUGUGUGUUUAUGUUUGAGAUUUGUGUUUGAACUUUGUACGUAAAUUCUUCUGCCUUUGUAUUUAUAUUUUACAAAAAAAGAUGCCAAAGGCAAUAAAACUGUUGAAAAAGCA